CUCCCGCGAGGGACACGGAGCGUUGGGAACCGAGGACCGUCCGAGCGCUGACCCUGGGAGGCCCAGACCAGGGGCAAAAGUCUCGCGGGCCUCAGGAGCGUCAUUCAGCAGUUCCGGGAGGCCCAGGAAGCCCACGGCCUGGCUUGGGCACCGUCCCCGCCACCAGGCCACCAUGGUCCUCGGCUGGCUGUUGCUUCUGGUAAUGGCUCUGCCCCCGGGCGCCAUGGGCGCCAAGGACUGCGUGUUCUGUGAGCUGACCGACUCCAAGCAGUGCCCGGGCAUCCACAUGAGCUGUGGCAACGAUGAGGAUUGCUUCACGGGCCACGGGGUGGCCCCGGGCCUCAGCCCAGUCCUCAACAAAGGCUGCGUGGUGUCCACAUCCUGCGGCCACGAGGAGCCGGUGACCUACAUGGGCGUCACCUACACGCUCACCUCCAUCUGCUGCUACGGCCACAUGUGUAACGGGGCCCCCAAUCCUGUGGGCGGCCGGAUGGAAGGGGUCGUCGCCGGCCUGGCGCUGGGCGUGCUGCAGCUGGUCCCAUAUCUGCUGUGACCAACCCAAAGGGCAGGGCCCGGGACUGGUGUCCCGGCUCCGCUGUGCCCCUCCCCCCCGCCUCCACCCCCUCCCCCCCAUUAAAUGGCCAGAGGCCCUGGA